CCCUGCAGGGCGAGCAGUCCAGCCGUGGGUUCACCGGAGCUUAAGCGUCGCAGCAGGAAAACUUCCAUCUCGCUCUCCUGGCUUUGAUCCUCAUUGGACAUUAGACCAGAGGCGCCGAAGGACGGGAGGAUGCGAGAUGACCGGCCCUUUGGCAACCUGACCAUCUCCUUAGCAGAGCCUCCCAGAGCGAGCUGGGGACUGCCUGCACGACCCAGGAGGCGCCGCGCCUCUCAGAUGUGUGUGUGUGUGAGUGAGUGAGCGAGUGUGUGUGUGCAUGCGAGUGAGUGAGGGUGUGUGUGUGUGAGUGUGGAUGCAUGUGUACGCAACAGGACUGUGUGUAAGCGUGACUGAAUGGGUGUGCGCGUGCACGCGUGAGUGUGUGUGUGUGUGUGUGUGUGUGUGUGUGUGUGUGUGUGUGUAUGUGAGUGUGAGUGCUCUUGGCUAUUAUUUUUUUGGGGGAAGAAAAAUCUUGGAAAUCUGGGGCAGGUUACCGUGCUCCUAGGGUGAUUCUUCUUUUUCAAGAAGAGCUGACGAGAGCAAUCCACUAGAGCCCAGGAGAAGGAUUUUUACCGCUGUUCUACAGUCCAGUAAAAGAGAUUAGCCCCCAAACCUGUGAAAUCGACCAGAGCCGUGUGAUUACCAGGGCUUGAGAGAGGACUCCGGAAGAAAAAGAGAAAUAAAUCAAACAGCUUGUCAGUCCCUUUGGCCACGUUGGAAGAUGUCAUCUCAAACUAAGUUCAAGAAAGACAAAGAGAUCAUUGCUGAAUAUGAAGCCCAAAUAAAAGAGAUCCGUACGCAGCUGGUCGAGCAGUUCAAAUGCCUGGAGCAGCAGUCAGAGUCGCGGCUACAGCUGCUUCAAGAUCUCCAGGAGUUCUUCCGCAGGAAGGCUGAGAUUGAGCUGGAGUACUCCCGUAGCCUGGAGAAGCUGGCUGAGCGGUUCUCCUCCAAAAUCCGCAGUUCCCGGGAGCACCAGUUCAAGAAGGACCAAUACCUCCUCUCACCUGUGAACUGUUGGUAUCUGGUCCUACAUCAGACCCGGCGGGAGAGCCGAGACCAUGCCACCCUCAAUGACAUCUUCAUGAACAAUGUCAUCGUUCGCCUUUCCCAGAUCAGCGAGGAUGUUAUCAGACUUUUCAAAAAGAGUAAGGAGAUUGGCCUGCAGAUGCAUGAGGAGCUCCUGAAGGUGACCAAUGAGCUCUACACAGUCAUGAAAACCUACCACAUGUACCAUGCAGAGAGCAUCAGUGCAGAAAGCAAGCUGAAGGAAGCUGAGAAGCAGGAGGAGAAGCAGUUCAACAAGUCGGGAGACCUCAGUAUGAACCUCCUCCGGCACGAGGACCGGCCCCAGCGCCGCAGCUCUGUGAAGAAGAUUGAGAAGAUGAAGGAGAAGAGGCAGGCAAAGUAUUCUGAGAACAAGCUGAAAUGCACGAAGGCCCGGAAUGAUUACCUGCUGAAUCUGGCAGCCACCAACGCAGCUAUAAGCAAAUACUACAUUCACGAUGUUUCUGAUCUGAUCGAUUGCUGUGACUUGGGCUUUCACGCCAGCCUGGCCCGCACCUUCCGGACCUACCUCUCAGCUGAGUACAACUUGGAGACCUCGCGCCACGAGGGGCUGGAUGUGAUCGAGAACGCCGUGGACAGCUUGGAUUCCCGGAGCGACAAGCACACCGUCAUGGACAUGUGCAACCAGGUCUUCUGCCCUCCACUCAAGUUCGAGUUCCAGCCCCACAUGGGAGAUGAGGUGUGCCAGGUCAGCGCACAGCAGCCUGUGCAGACGGAGCUUCUCAUGCGGUACCACCAGCUACAGUCCAGACUGGCCACUCUCAAGAUUGAGAAUGAGGAGGUCAGAAAAACCCUGGACGCCACCAUGCAGACCUUACAGGACAUGCUGACUGUGGAGGACUUUGAUGUCUCUGAUGCCUUCCAACACAGCCGAUCCACAGAGUCUGUGAAGUCAGCUGCAUCGGAGACCUACAUGAGCAAGAUCAACAUUGCCAAGAGGAGGGCCAACCAGCAGGAGACCGAGAUGUUUUAUUUUACAAAAUUUAAAGAAUAUGUGAAUGGGAGCAACCUCAUCACCAAGCUACAGGCCAAGCAUGACUUACUCAAGCAGACGCUGGGCGAAGGGGAGAGAGCAGAAUGCGGCACCACCAGCAGAAGAGAUGGAAGGCUUAGGCUGCCCCACUUUCCUUGGCUGAGCUGUCCCCCUGCUCCCCACUUUCUGCCCCACCCAGCACUUCAAGGAAGAAGAAAUGCUCGAACCAGGAACCAGGAUUCAGGACAAGCUAUACCACUUGUAGUUGAGAGCUGCAUCCGAUACAUCAAUUUAUAUGGACUCCAGCAGCAGGGGAUCUUCAGAGUACCUGGAUCUCAGGUUGAAGUGAAUGACAUCAAAAAUUCUUUUGAAAGAGGCGAAGACCCCCUCGUGGAUGAUCAAAACGAGCGUGAUAUCAAUUCAGUCGCUGGGGUUUUAAAACUGUAUUUCCGAGGACUGGAAAACCCACUCUUUCCUAAGGAAAGGUUUCAAGAUUUGAUAUCUACUAUCAAACUGGAGAACCCAGCUGAGAGGGUGCACCAGAUCCAGCAGAUCCUCAUCACCCUUCCCCGCGUGGUCAUCGUGGUCAUGAGAUACCUCUUCGCUUUCCUCAACCACCUCUCCCAGUACAGCGACGAGAACAUGAUGGAUCCCUACAACCUGGCCAUCUGCUUUGGGCCCACCCUCAUGCACAUCCCUGAUGGGCAGGACCCUGUGUCCUGCCAGGCACAUGUCAACGAAGUCAUCAAAACCAUCAUCGUCCAUCAUGAAGCCAUCUUCCCCAGUCCCCGGGAGCUAGAGGGACCUGUAUAUGAAAAAUGCAUGGCUGGAGGGGAAGAAUAUUGUGACAGUCCACACAGUGAGCCAGGGACCAUUGAUGAAGUUGACCAUGACAAUGGCACAGAGCCUCACACCAGUGAUGAAGAAGUGGAGCAGAUUGAGGCCAUUGCCAAGUUUGACUAUGUAGGGCGGUCACCACGUGAGCUGUCCUUCAAGAAGGGGGCCUCGCUGCUCCUGUACCACCGCGCCUCAGAGGACUGGUGGGAGGGCCGUCACAAUGGCGUGGAUGGGCUCAUCCCUCAUCAGUACAUAGUUGUACAGGACAUGGACGAUGCCUUCUCCGACAGCCUGAGCCAGAAGGCUGACAGCGAGGCCAGCAGCGGGCCACUGCUGGACGACAAGGCCUCCUCCAAGAAUGACCUCCAGUCCCCCACGGAGCACAUCUCAGAUUACGGCUUUGGGGGGGUGAUGGGCCGAGUGCGGUUACGAUCCGAUGGAGCGGCCAUCCCCAGGCGCCGAAGCGGGGGCGACACGCACAGCCCACCCCGGGGCCUGGGCCCCAGCAUAGACACGCCACCCCGGGCCGCCGCCUGCCCCAGCAGCCCCCACAAAAUCCCCCUCACCCGGGGGAGGAUCGAGAGCCCUGAGAAGAGGAGGAUGGCGACGUUUGGGAGUGCCGGCAGCAUCAACUACCCCGACAAGAAGGCGCUCUCAGAAGGGCACUCCGUGAGGUCUACCUGCGGCUCCACCAGACACAGCAGCCUAGGGGACCACAAGUCCCUGGAGGCUGAGGCCUUGGCAGAAGACAUCGAGAAGACCAUGAGCACCGCUCUGCACGAGUUGCGGGAACUUGAGAGGCAGAACACGGUCAAGCAGGCGCCAGAUGUAGUGCUGGACACCUUGGAGCCCCUGAAGAACCCUCCAGGCCCCAUCAGCUCAGAGCCCGCCAGCCCCCUGCACACCAUAGUCAUCCGAGACCCGGAUGCUGCCAUGCGCCGCAGCAGCAGCUCCUCCACCGAGAUGAUGACCACCUUCAAGCCAGCGCUGUCAGCCCGCCUGGCUGGCGCCCAGCUGCGUCCACCCCCCAUGCGGCCCGUGCGGCCGGUGGUCCAGCAUCGGUCCAGCAGCAGCAGCAGCUCUGGGGUGGGCAGCCCCGCCGUGACGCCUACCGAGAAGAUGUUCCCCAACAGCUCCACAGACAAGUCAGGCACCAUGUGACCUGCCGGUCGGGCAGCACCAGCGCGGCCUCGGCUGGCUUCAGAGGCUUCUACUUGCUUCCCAGUCAUGCUGGCCUUGUAGGGCAGAGCCUGGGAGGUCAGCCUGGGAGACGUGUCUGUGGGGAGCAGAGGCCCAGGCGUUGGUGCGCUCACGCUCAGCCAUGCGAAUCCCACAGACCUGUGUGUGCAGACACCCGGGGAGUGGGGCUUCUCCUGCAUAUCGCCACUGGAAAAUGAUUCUUGACGUUCUCUCUACAUACGUAUGUGUGUGUGUGUGUGUAUAUAUGUGUAUAUAUACGCAUAGACAUGUAUGUAUGUGUAGGUGUCUGUGUAUAUAUAUAUAUUUAUGCAUCUAUAUACAUACUAGACCUGGACUUACACACAUGUUAAAUGUAUAUAGUAUUUCCUUUUUCUUUUUAUGAAACUUAGAUUUACCUCAGACCCAUGCCACCCCGACAUCUCCCGCUGAGUUAUUUGGUGGGAUUUGCAGGGACUUCUCUGGGAGAACUUAGAGGCCCCACAGUAACUGCGAAUGAAGCAAUAUACCACUCACCUGCAGAAAAACAGUCUCCCACUGUCUCCAGAAGUUGUGGCCUUCCAGACAGCCUGCCCCUAAAGGCAGGGUGGGGCAGGCAGUACCCCAAGCAGGCGGGGAACCCUUUAGAGAAAACCCUCCGUCCACCCCAGAGACCCUGCCCUUCCACCCGGAGGCCCAAGGUCAACUGUACCCCCGAAGGCACGGGAGGAAGUUGGCAAGAAGAUCCCUGACCACAGCAUCCUAGUGUUUGUAUUGUAGAAACAAGGGACAGUGAGACCCUAAACCCCAUCGUAGCACAGUAUUACAUGUGGUUGGGAAAAAGGAAAAAAAAAAUAAUAAUAAUACAGUGGUGUGAAAUACUUCAAAUCCUAGAAAUGCUGUAGGAAUAAAUCUGUGGUAACUAUAGAGGUUUAACUUAUAUCUUCAAAAUAUUUAAUUUUUUCUUUUCCUUGUUCUACUAAUUAUACUGUGUCAGAUUUGGAACUAAACAGGCAAGGAGGCUAUCUGAGUCACAUCAUUGUCAUUAACACUGGGCUUGACACACUUCGGGUCUUGCCCUCUUGCAUGAAGCACGUGAGCAGUGGGUGCCCAGAUCAGACUGAGGCCCAGGAGAGGCCAGAGAACACCACUGGUGGGUUGAGUUUAUGCAAGUGAAAUCACUUCCGGCCCUCCCUUCCCCUCCCUUCACCUGCUCCCUCCACAGCAUUUAGGUAGGUGAGGAUGUGUUCUCCAAAUAGAACGAGCAAGGCUUUUGCCUCUUGGCUGGAAAAAAGAAGCCUUCCAAGUUGCUCUUCUUUGCUUCCAUUUGAUGUCCUUUUCUUAUCACUCUGUUUUCUAGACAGGGGCUGUUUCUGGGUAAUGGAGCAUAGGCAGAUCUGAUCCUCAUGGGACCACUUUCACUUGCUUCCCCCCUCAUGCCAAACCAAGCGUCUUUUCCUUAUUAUUCUCAGAUUUUUCUCUCUCCUCUCUCAGCCUCUGAGGUUUAGAGUCAGAAGUCCAGAAUUUCAGUCCCAGCCCCCAGCACUUCAGAGCUGUGACUUUGGGCACAUCACUCCACCUCAUGAAAUCUCACUUUCCUGCCCUAUGAAAUGAGACUAAUAAAGAUGAAAUAAGUGUAAGUGAGCAAGCUGAAUAAACUGGAAAGCACUGUACUGACACCGUUGCUAUCGUUGUUAUCAUUAGGAAGGUGAGUCUUUCAGAUCCUAAAACCAUCCAGCCAUUUCCCUGCCAGCUUGCUAAGAGCCCCGAAGCCCAGGUCUGCAGAGCCGGCAGUAUAAUCAUUAGCAUCUCCCCCCACUGGAUGAAGUUUGCCCUCUCCUCUGGUCUUCCAUUAAAAGGUAAACACACCGGAAGAGACCUAGUGAGUCUCUGAUUCCUGGGUGUGUGGGGACAGGAAGCCAUUAUGCCUUGCCUCUGGACUGGCAUUGAAACCACAGGGUGGAAGGAAGAAUCACGAAAGGCCAAACCAGGGAGAGGCCAGUGAUGAAUUUGACCUCCCUUGUUUUGCCUACAGCCACCCACCCUUCUCUCUUAGCUCCUAGAUAGGAAAGGUUCUCUACUUUUGAGCACAUAGGCACCCCCUUUUCUAGUGUAGGGGAGUUAGGCCUGGGCUGUGCACUGGGGCCUGCCCAAGAGUGGACAGAUGUCUGUGAGGGGAGCUGUCCAUUUGCAAGGAUUCUGUACCACCCAGCCAAGUGGUAGGAAUUCUCAUCUCUAGCCCAGAGAUACUCCCAGACCUUAAAUCUCUGCCACAAAUACCAGAUGAGAAGCAAAGAUUUAAGCAGACAGCUCUAGUCCCUGAUAUGCAUCACACCAGUCAAGCUAUGUGGAUCGUUUUCUGGAUUGACAGCUUCCGUUUUCCUUACUGAAAAUGGACCUGCCCGUCUCAGACUUAAUGUGAAGUCAGAACUUGAGCUGUUUUUUGUUAAGCACCUAUUUUUUUUUUCCCAAUGGAAAAAUGACAAGUUCACAUAUAAGGAAGGGCGCACACAGAUGGCAGAUGAUUUCCCACCCACCCAGCCCUUGAUCAGAGCCCCGACAUAGACCCCACAGGAACACACUGUCCUUGCCACCCCUUUCCUCAUCUGGCACUGUGCAUGCCUCAGCCUCCCUUCAUGUCACUCAGCCCCAGCAGCGUCCACUGGGUAUCUUGUCUCAGCUCCUGCCUGUUGGAGUCCACUAUAUAUUGCUGUAUUUGCUUAAAUGCUGGAAAGUAAUUGUUAAAAAUGUGAAACUGUACUUUUUAAAAAAGGCUACAAUUAAAUUCUAGCCAAUGCCACUCACCAAAUCUUCGCACCUAGUCAUAGAUAGAUCAAUGUAAAAACCAAUACCAGAAACCUAACUGUACAGUGGGUGUGGGGGUAAUGUAGUAACCUAGUUAGUAGUCCUCAAUAUAACCAAUUGUACAAGGGGAAGUGGUGUUUACCUACCUGUUCAUCACCAUUAUUGAAAGCUGUACUGAUCAGCUAGUUGAUAACGGGCAUUUCUUUUGUUGUUGUUGUUCUGUUUUGUUUUGAUUUUGGCUUCACAGAAUGGCUUACCCUGAGGUCAAGCCUUUUGUCUUUCUGUAGAACUGAUGUUUAGGAAUGAACCAGCAAGAUGUUCAUUUAAAACUGACCAAAGACAAUUAAUUCCUGGUCUAGUUUCCUGGGCCUCUUGGCUCAGCUGCCGCUCAAGACCUUCCGUGGAUAAAAUUGAGAACAAGCCGUGCUUCCGACCCCCUUCCCCCUCCCUGUCCCCCCUUCUUCCCUUUUCCUCUUAAAGAGCUGCUCUGAGCUGUGGGAUUCUGAAAAAUUCUUGCCUUUCCUUGUUUUCAGUGCUAACGAUUUCUCACCUCGAAGCGCCUUUUGAACCCCAGGCAGAGCGCACAAUUGGAGGGAGUUGUGGGUUUGGGAAUGAGACUCUGGGAGUCUUUUCUCUGAAGUCACCAGGCCAGGGGUCAGGAGAGAAAUGGAUUCCCAAGGGACGAAAGGUUUCUAUUCAAUGAAGAAAUCGGAGUGGGAAGAGACAGGGAAAUGGAGCCAUUCUUUGGCCACAGAGAUCUGCCUUAUAAAUAAACACUUAAAACUGGCUUGUGGUACACACAGGGGAGCUGGCGUGAGAAGAGCCUCCUCAGGGGGCUUCCUUCUCUGCUGGAGCCUCCUGGAGUGCCUUGGUGGGUAUAGUUCUCUCUCAUUCAGGAGGCAUGGAUGUGGGACUUCUCAUGACCUGCUCGUCAUUUGUCUCACCGCGUGCGCAGCUGAUAGACAACCACAAGGACUAACGUAACAGGUUCUUCCUCUCAGUCUUUCUACUCCUAACUUUUCACACAUCCAGGUGGUUCCACACUAGAGCAAAUGCCUCAUUCUCCUGAGAAACUCAGAAAGAAGACAGGCUGGCUCACAGCCAUGGCGGUGGCCCUGUUGGGCUGGGAGGGAGUUGGGUGGUGGGGGAGGAGAAGUCAGAAAGGGGGUGAGGCGAGGUGUUGCUUAGCUGAUUUUCUGCUGUGCAGAGCUAAUGCUGACGUUUCAUGUCAAUUUCCCCGGUUCUCUGGGGUUUCCUCUCUUCUGAGCAGCCUUGUAGAGAAUUCCCCAACAUGCCCAAAGCUGCCCAGAGGAGCUGAGAGAAGGGACUUCGCUGUCAGGUCUGAAUCCUCCUGACCUCUCUGAGGUUGAUCUGCCAGUAUCCUGCUGUCCCAUCCUCUGGGACUGGCCAAAUGGCCAUUGCUGCCCCUCGCCGACACCUCCUUUCUGUGUGAACUGUCCCAGACAAAUAACAAAGCUGUUCUUGAACCAGUGUGCACUUUGCCUUCCUUAAACGGAAGUCGAUCCUGGCUGGAGUUUCUGCUCAGGCCCUUGUCCCGGCAGUGUGACUGUUUACAUGGUUUGGCAAUAGGUUUGGUUCUGAUUGCUUCAGAGUGGCUGGUCUAUUUUGUUUCCUUUGGUUUCCCUUCUCCCCAAAUUGCGACCGGAAAAACAAACAAAUUGAAACCACCCUAGGAAAUUGCUGGUUGCCUGUCCCCACGUGAUGAAAAGUGUCGCCCUCUUCUGGGUGUCGUUUCUCUACCUUACGACCAAACGCCCGUCCUCUAGGAGUGUCUGAUUUGGAAUCUCUGUUGCGUAUUCUGAUGGUGCCUGCUGGUUUGACGUGGAGCUAUCCUGUGAAAUAAAACAGCUUAACUUUUCUCAAA